AUGGACGUCUGGGUGGCUUCCACCUUGUGGCUGUUGGCAAUUGUGCCGCUGUGCACCUGCGUGUGCAAGCUUCUGUUUGAGUCCCUCCUGUCCGUCCUUGUGGGUGUGCAUCCAGAGAUACUACAGUACAGCGGAGAAGGUGGCACUUACCAGCGAGACUUCAUCCAGGAAGAGAAAUGGAGCAGGGAAGAAAAGGCUGAGAAAGUGGUGCAUGAGCAGCAUCCUGGGAGACAGGAAGGGAAGGAGCCACGCUGUGGCCUGAGGCAACAGCUCUUUCCCCCGGAGCGAGCGGCGGCGGUGGCCUGUGCAGCAACGGCCAAGAUCAAGGCCCAAGACCUUCUCGGGAAGAAGGAGGAGGAGCUGCUGAAACAGCUGGACGACCUGAAGGUGGAGCUGUCCCAGCUGCGCGUCGCCAAAGUGACAGGCAGAGCGGCCUCCAAGCGCCCUAAAAUCCGGAUCCGAGUCGUCCGCAAAUCCAUUGCCCGUGUUCUCACGGUUAUUAACCAGACUCAGAAAGAAAACCGCGGGAAAUUCCACAAGGGCAAGAAGUACAAGCACCUGGACCUGCGGCCUAAGAAGACACACGCCAUGCGCCGCCCGCUCAGCAAGCACGAGGCGAACCUGCCGAUCAAGAAGCGGCAGCAGAGGGAGCAGCUGUCCCCAACGCGGAAGUGCGCGGUCAAGGCCCAAGUGGCGCGUUGUCAAUAA